AUGCAUUCCAUUAAUUGCAGCAUAUGUGAUGACCUCCUUCCUAUCCCCCACAACUUUUAUCAUCCUGGGGAUCUUCAUAUUGGAGGUAUUGCUGUUCAAGUUGUUUUCAUGAACAACCCUCCCCACUUCAAGGAACACCCCCUGCGUAUGUUGAUUGAUGAACCCGUGUCAAUAACAAAGUACUAUCAGCACAUUUUGGCAUUCUCAUUUGCUGUAAAAGAGAUCAAUGAGAAUGCCAACAUCUUACCAAACACCAGUUUGGGUUUCUACAUCAUCAACAGCUUAAACCUUGGAAGGAUGACUUAUAAGGCCACUCUAAGUUUGCUUUCUGCACAACAGACACUAAUCCCCAACUUCAGUUGUAAAUCCCAGAAGCAGCUUGUAGCAGUCAUUGGAGGACUUUUGUCUGAUAUCUCUGCUGAUAUGGCCACCAUUUUGAACAUCUACAAGACUCCACAGCUCACGCAUGGAUCAUUUUCCCGAGUACAGGAUGAAAAUCACCAAUUCCCUUUCUUGUACCAGAUGGUACCUAAUGAAGCCCAUCAGUACAGGGGAGUUGUCCGGUUACUUCACCAUUUUCGAUGGACUUGGAUUGGUCUCCUGGCUAUGGAUGAUGACAAUGGAGAUACAUUUUUGCAAAGAAUGGUGCCAAUACUCUCGGAGAAUAACUUUUGUUUUGCAUUCACGUUAAGAUUACCCCAAACAUCUUAUAUGGGAGAUAUGAUAGAUUUGUUUUUAAUGCAGUGGGAAAAAUAUACAGAUCUCAUGGACACAAAAGCCAAUGUAUGUUUUGUAUAUGCAGAAGUUCCUGCCUUUGUGGUUUUAAGAGUAAUGCUUUUUCAGGCACCCAUGUUUUCUUUACCUUCAGUAGGUAAAGUGUGGAUUGUUACAUCUCACUGGGACUUUGAAUCCGUCUCUAUUCAGGGAAUUUGGGAUAUAAGCAGUUUCCAUGGUGCCUUAUCUAUUACCGUUCAUGCUAACCAGCCCCCAGGAUUCCAAAAUUUCCUUCAGCUCAUAAGACCUUCCUGGGCUGAAAGAGAUGGUUUUAUUCAGAACUUCUGGGAACAGGCAUUCAGCUGUUCCUUGAAAAUAUCUAAUGAGCAGGAGGACAAUCAAAGGUCCUGCACUGGUGGGGAGAGGCUGGGGACCCUUCCGAGUACUUUGUUCGAAAUGAGUAUGACUGGCCACAGCUACAAUGUAUACAAUGCAGUCUACGCAGUAGCACACGCUUUGCAUGAUUUCCAUAUAUCUAGAUCUCAACAUAGAAGAAUGAUAAAAGGAGGGCAGGUGGACUUCCAGAACCUAAAGCCAUGGCAGUUCCACAACUUUUUAAGGCAUGUUUUGUUCAAUAAUAGCGCCGGAGACACUGUGCGUUUUGAUAAAUAUGGGGAAUUAGUUGCAGUUUUUGAUAUUACUAACUGGAUAACGUUUUCAAAUGGAUCAUUUGUUAGAGUGAAAGUUGGAAGAUUGGAUCCUCAGGCUCCUUUAGAUGAACAGCUUACCAUUAAUGAUGACCAAGUUGUGUGGCAUAGAAGCUUUAAUCAGUCAGAGGUGAUAGCAGGAAAUGAAUUGGGAGGGCAGCUUCUAAGAGAAAGGAGUACCAUCAUGCCAACUGACACAUCCAGACAGCUUGAUGUGGUUUCUGACCAGCAAGCUGAAUCAACUUCCAUUGUCACCAUACUUUUCUUUGAUGUUCAUUUUCUUACUGUUUAUGGACAGGUGCUGCCCCUUUCUGAGUGCAAUGACCACUGUCGUCCUGGUUUCAGCAGGCAAAAGAAGGAGGGAGAGAAAUUUUGCUGCUAUGAUUGUGUUCCAUGUUCUGAAGGAAUGAUCUCUGAGCUAAUGGAUACGAAUGCCUGCAUCAAAUGUCCAGAAGAGCAGUAUCCCAGCAAGGGCCGCAAUCAAUGCAUUCCCAAGCAUAUAACAUUCCUUUCUUAUCAAGAACCAUUAGGAGCCAUCUUAGCCACCUUAGCUAUUUCUUUAGCCCUGAUCACAGUAUUUAUUUUUGGGAUCUUUGUGAAACACAGAGACACUCCCAUAGCCAGGGCCAACAACCGCAGCCUCACCUACAUUCUCCUCGUCUCCCUCUUUCUUUGCUUUCUCUGCUCCUUGCUGUUCAUUGGACAGCCUGGAAUAAUGACCUGCCUUCUGCGUCAAAUGGCUUUUGGCAUUGUCUUCUCUGUGGCACUUUCCAGUGUGUUGUCCAAAACCAUCACUGUGGUUCUGGCAUUUAUAGCCACCAAACCAGGAUCCACGGUGAGGAAGUGGAUGGGGAAAAGACCAGCAAAUUCGAUCGUCCUUUCCUGCUCUUUUAUUCAAGGAGGCAUUUGUGUUUUCUGGCUGAGUAUUUCAGCACCGUAUCCAGACACAGACAUGAAAUCAUUGAAGGGGGAAAUUGUAUUAGAAUGCAAUGAGGGCUCAGUUCUCAUGUUUUACUGCGUCCUGGGCUAUAUGGGCUUCUUGGCCCUUGUUAGCUUUAUGGUGGCUUUCCUGGCCAGGAAGUUACCUGACAGUUUCAAUGAAGCCAAAUUUAUCACUUUCAGCAUGUUGGUCUUUUGCAGUGUUUGGCUGUCCUUUGUUCCGUCCUACUUGAGCGCCAAAGGGAAGUUCAUGGUGGCCGUGGAGAUCUUCUCCAUCUUAUCUUCCAGCGCUGGCUUACUGGGUUGUAUUUUUCUCCCUAAAUGCUACAUCAUUAUGAUGAAGCCUGAGCUGAACAACAGAAAUCAGAUGUUAAGGAGAAAAUGA